AACUGCUAUCCGAUACAGCACCCGGCACGUUGCGGAGCCAGGUGUAAACAGAGAGUAAAGGAUGAUGAUUUAGACCUGCAAGAUGAAACUGUAUUGUCUGUCCCAUGCUGCCAGGCAUCCCUGCUUCAUCCUCAAGUUCAAGACAGUGACCUUAAUGUUGGACUGUGGUUUGGAUUACAGCUCACUUCUCCAUUUCCUGCCUUUAUCUUUAGUACAGAGCUCCCGGUGGUCAGAUUUACCAAAAUGGAAGCCCAAAGAAUACAAAGGACCCUAUAAAUUAGAAGGUGAGCUGAGAGAAUGUGCUGGUAGAGUGUUUGUAGACAGUGUCCCAGAAUUCAAUGUACCAAAGAUAACGCUGGUGGACCUGUCAGAGGUGGAUGUCAUCCUCGUCUCCAACAGUCAUGCCAUGUUGGCGCUCCCUUACGUCACUGAGUAUUCUGGAUUCAAGGGUGUUGUCUAUGCCACUGAACCCACUCUGCAAGCAGGCAGACAGUUCAUGGAAGAGUUGGUGCAGUACAUAGACAGGUGUCCCAAGGUAAACCACGCCAGCGUAUGGAAGCAACCAGAGGUCAUCAAAUGUUUACCUCCUCCCUUAAAAGAUGCCAUACAACCGUUGUCAUGGAAACAGUGUUAUAGCCUGCAUGACGUCAAUGCUAGCUUGUCAAAGGUUCACAUGGUGAACUUUAAUGAGAAAUUGGACAUUCUAGGGGCAUUGUGUGUGACUCCUCUCAGCUCAGGCUGGUGUAUUGGAGGUUGUAACUGGCUGAUACAAUCUGCACACGAGAAGAUCUGUUACGUGGCAGGUUCCUCAACGUUGACAACAUUUUCCAAGCCUGUAGACCACACUGCACUGAAAAAUGCCGACCUCAUCAUCUUAUCUCAGUUGACACAGACGCCACAUGUCAAUCCAGACUCCAUGAUAGGAGAGUUCUGCCUCAACGCUGCUCUGACUGUUAAGAAAGGAGGCAAUGUUCUGGUUCCUGUGUACCCAGCUGGUGUGACCUAUGACCUCUUUGAAUGCCUCUCUGUCCACAUGGAGAGCUGUGGUCUGGCAGGUGUCCCCAUGUAUUUUAUCUCCCCUGUAGCUGACAGCAGUCUGGCAUAUUCUAAUAUCUUUGCUGAGUGGCUCUCAGACAGUAAACAAUCCAAGGUGUACCUUCCAGAGCCACCCUUUCCACAUGCAGAGUUGAUAAGUGCUGGCAGACUGCGGCAUUACCCUAGUAUACAUGGUGACUUCAGUAAAGACUUCAAGACUCCCUGUGUAGUAUUCACAGGACACCCAUCUUUGAGAUUUGGAGAUGUUGUUCAUUUUAUUGAAAUGUGGGGAAAGACCAGUGCAAAUGCCAUCAUAUUUACUGAGCCAGAUUUCUACUACCUAGAUGCUCUGGCCCCCUACCAACCCCUGGCUAUGAAGGUUCUUUGCUGCCCUAUAGACACCAGUCUCAACUUCUCCCAGACUAACAAGUUGAUCAAGGAUCUCAAGCCACAGCAUUUUGUAAUCUCAGAGACGUACACACGCCCCCCUCCUCUGUAUCCACAUAGAACUGACCUUGUGGUGGACCCAGACCUGCAAGUGAUGACAUAUAAACCGGGAGAGGUGCUAACUCUUCCCAUCAGGAGAAAGUUUGAGCAGAUCAACAUUGACCCAGAGCUGGCAGGCUCACUGAUGCCUAUAGAAGUGAGACCAGGAGUCUCUGUUGCCAUGGUAACUGGAAGCCUUGUUACCAGGGACAACCAGCACACACUGAAGCCCCUGCAGACGUCUGGUCUGAAGAGAAAACUUGAGACCAGCUCUGACAGGAAGAGGAGAAGUUAUUUCUGGGGAGCCCUGGAUGUGCAGGAGUUUGUUGAUAAGUUAAACAAGGAAGGUCUGACAGAUGUCAAGGUAGAAGACAGUGCUGAGGGACAUAUAGUCCACCUGCCAAAUGAAGACACCCUUAUACAGUUGGAAGAGGGAUCAACACACAUCAUAUGUGAAGGCAAUGAAGGACUGAGAGUGAAACUUAAAGAUAUACUACUACAGUGUUUGAAUAGACUAUAGCAAGUGUAUAAAGAUAUACUACUACAAUGUUUGAAUAGACUAUAGCAAGUGUAUAAAGAUAUACUACUACAGUGCUAUAAUAAAAUGUAGCAAGUGUUUGUAUGAUUUGUCUACACGUAAGCUAUCUGAACAAGCCCAGAGAGGAGAAAGGCUUUAGUUCUGAGUGAGCAAUGAUGGGAUGAGUAUAAGACCGCAUUCACAUUGAGUUGAGCCAUGGCUCUACAAAGCCACAAA